AUGCGGCUGCCGGGGCUGUGCCUGGCGCUGCUCUGCGCCGCCGGCACCGGCACCGAAGCGCCGCGGGCAGCCCGGGAGCGGCCGCUGGCCCCGGAGCAUGGGCAGCCCGGCGCGGCCCGCGUGGAUCCCCGGCAGGCCUGGAUGCUGCUGGCCGGGAGCCCCGGGAGGAACAGCGGCGAGCGCGGCCGCGGCGGCUCCGGGGCUCUCACGGCCCCAGCGGGCCCCGGCACCCCGGGGAAACCAACCGCGGGAGCCGGGGCUGGCCCGGCCGUGCCCGAGGAGCUGCUGAGGGAGCUGCAGCUCCUGCUCAGAGGCACGGCAAAGCUGUGCAGGACAGCUGGGGAAGGGUCUAAGGAGGAGGAAAGCAGCGAAGGCAGCGCCCAGCGUCUUGUGGGAGCAGCCUUCCAUUGCCAAACGCGUGCAGACCUCGCUGUGGAGCAGAAGACGUGGCUGGAGCUGGGGCAGUUCUACAUUCCUGAGAGGGAGGAGAUGUUCCAGCGUGGCCCGGGGCUGAACCUGACCAGCGGGCAGUACACAGCCCCCCUUGCGGGAUUCUACACCUUCAGCAGCACGCUGCACAUCGCGCGCAGGGAGCCGCGGAGGAAGAGGCAGGGAUGCCGCGGGAGCCGCCUGCGGGUGCUGAUCUGUGUGCAGUCCCGCUGCCAGCACAACAGCCAUCUGGAGAGCAUAUCCCAGCUGGAGAGCAGCGGGGAGCUUUUCACCAUCUCUGUCACAGGCACCCUUUACCUGCAGGCUGGGCAGCAUGCCUCUGUUUUUGUGGACAACACGGCAGGCUCUCCCCUCACCGUUCAAAGUGGCUCCGAUUUCAGUGCUGUGCUGCUGGGAGUGUGAAGAGGCUGGACCACGCUGAACUUGUGCCAGGAGCAGCCAGACCCUUCCCUCUGCCAGCCACCAUUGUGCCUCCCCUGCUCAGCACCAAGCCCAAGGAAGAGCAUUUGCUCAUGCAGGGAGCUGCAGUCUGGUCUGAUACUGCUCAUGCUGAAGAUGGACAAAAGAUCAUGAAGGUGAUGAUGAUGAUGAUGAUGAUAGUAAUAAAGCAGCCUGAGCAGGACCUAAAGGCAUUCACUUUUACCUAAAGGCUAGGCCUAGAAGUUUAUCUUGGGAAACACUGCUGGCAGUGGCAGCAGAUGGCUGCCCAGGGCUCAGCUCCCACCGUGAUGGUACAAAGCCCCACAUGUCCAUUAUUUUCCUUGGUGGACUUCCCUUCCCUGCCCAGACUCAGUCUCGGCAGCCCAGGCCAGAUUCUGCAUUGCUUUAGCCCCUGCAGUGUGUGAGCAGGGGCUUUGCUGGAGCCAACAUCCUUCACACCAAUCAUCAAAGCAAAGUCCCAACAAUGCCACACGUUGGAUUAAAGCAAAUUCCUGCCCUUGGCUUUGCAGAGCAGGCACUCCCUGGCUGUGGCAGCCCAGAUAGAGCCCAGCUCUGUGCUCUGGCUGUGAUAGCUCAGCAGGGCACAGCCUGUGUGACCCAGCCGGGGCAGCACCAGGAAGGGUGAACACUUCAUUUCCCAGUAGUGCUCAGGACUGGGCAAGUGGUGCCAGCAGCACUGCAAGAUAGCCUCAGCUAACAGCCCCACCUUCUCCAUGGAUGUCCCUGCCCCUCUCCCCGGGCUGCAUCUCCUUGAGGAGCCUGCUGAAGGAGCUGUUAAUGCAGCAGUUCAUGGGUAGGGGUGUUUGGGUCUGGAAAAAGGGGCAGCUGAGAAGGGAAAGCAAAUUGCCUUUCUGAAAUUUGCCAUCAGGGUUUAUUUUGCCACAAACAGAAGAGAAGCAACUCCAUGCUGCUCUGUCUGGGCUCUCCAAAUUUGCCUUUCAAGAGCAGAAAACAGGAGAGUGUGCUGCUAACAAAGGCAUCCCCUCUCAGCUCAUCCUGCACUGCAGCCUCACAUCAAAAUACACAGGAAUGGCUGGGAGCAGAACAAGCUGGCAGAGGAUUCACCAGCACUACCCAAAAUCUGUGCCAGAGGGCCACUUCCUUCCUCAGUGCUCUGCAGGAGAUGCAGAGAGUCAGGGCGCACCCUCAGACUAAGCCCAUGAAGUGUAACUCACUACUGCUGGAGCAGAAAUAGGAGAUGGCCAAGCCACCUGUCCCAAACAGCCCAGGAGCUGGGACAAAUCCCAAAGUUCCAGGGAUACAGAAAACAGAAAGGAGCCAGGGAAGCUCCUGCACCACCCUGCCCUUGUCCCCUUCCCUGGGACUGCAGCUGGGCCUCAUCAGAGCAAGGAGGCAACCACAAUGCACAGCCCUCAGCCCCCUCACACACAGGGUGGGAAAUUGGAAACUUCAGGGCUUAGGUAGCCCAAUCCAUUUAGCUUUCAUUCUGUCACUUGGUCUUAGGCCAAAUUUUCUCUGGAAAACAGCACACUGACUGCAGCAACAGCUGGCAGAGGCACUGAGACAGGAUGAGACACCAGACACUAAUUAGUACCUAAAACCUGAGAUGCCUUCUCCUCAGACAGCACAGACAAGCACAGAGCCUGCCUGCAGCUCAGCUGCCUUUUCACCAAGCCCAUUUGGUGCAAACACUUCUUCCAAAAAACAUCAGGGGCAAAUUCCAGCCACUUUUUCCAUACCAACUUUGGGGUAAAACUCCUGCAAGCACAGGGCAGGUAUGCUGCUGCUUUGCAAGGGCUGUUUGUGUCCCUCAGCUGCAGGCAACCUCACAGCCCAGCUUCAGAGCCAGGUUUCCUACCCAGUGUGAAGGACAGCACAUAUCACAUCCCAAACUGGAUUUCACAGUCUGUAUGGUACACUCUGUGUGAGUCCUGGAACUCUGCUCUCCCAGGGUCUUGCACAAAGCUCAAGGAUGUGGACAGCAGAACUGUCCCAAUAAAAAGCUGGCAGAGCUGAUGGCCCCAGAUCUGUUCUGGCAGCACCCCUGUCCAGUGAAUUCACUGCAUUUGCAGAGACAUUCAACCCUAGCACUGAGAUAACCCUGUAGGAAAGGCAUUUUGUGCUCUUCUUGUGAGCCAGCAAAGGCUUCCUAAAGAUAAGGAAAGCCUUCUAUCUCUCUCGAGGAAAACACCAAGGCCGUGACCAUGGUGACACAAUGGAGGAGAGAAAGUUAAAAGAUACAGACUUUAGCUGGCUCACAAAAUGAAGGGGCUCCUUGUUCACCUAUUGAGAACUUUGUUUCUUUCUCAUGACCAGCUGGCAGUGAAUGUGUCUGUUAAGUAAAUGUAAAUAUCUUGACAAACUAUAAAAGCAACAUGUUGCAGUAAU